GAAUUUGUAGUUUUAAAUUCUGCGCUCCAUAUCUCUUGGGAAAUAGUUAUCUAGAGAUUCUAAGGUCUCUAGCUCCAUCUGUAGCCACGCUCUAGUCAGGACCAGAUGGACCAGAAGCGAGCCAGAUUUCAGCCAGAUGAUCACACUCAGACAAAGAGACAUCUAGAUAAGCAAGGGUCAAGCUUACAGGCAAUAAAUAUACCCUUUCCCUAGUUUAUUCUUUGUAUUGCAUGUAGUACGCGGUUCUACACAGUUCUGUGAUCUGCCAAGGAGGUGGUGCUGUAGGAUAAAUUUUUGGUAUUUAAAAUCGAAAUACUAAGACGAAUUAAACAAGCCAUACUCAAAGACAAUAAUAGAUUUGGCUGGAACCUGAUGGCUGAUUAAAUGAAUAGGAUUGUCUCUGUCUAUCUAUGUAGGCUGACAUGUAUAUAUAACUGCGACUAACACAAUAGGCACUGUCCUACAUGCCUCAAAUUCCUCAUUUAUAUGUGAUGAAAGACACACAUAACCUCAUAACGAUACAACACUACUUAUUGGGCACUAAAACAUGGAGAGUCAACAGCAAUUCUGCCUGCGAUGGCACAAUUUUCAAAAUACGCUUCUGAGCUCUUUGCCAAAGCUGCUGGAUGGAGGAUACCUUACAGAUGUGACAUUAAGUGCUGGUGGAAGGCAGAUUCGUGCUCAUAAAAUUAUAUUAUCAGCUUGCAGCUACUAUUUCAAAGAAUUGUUUAAGGACCUUAGCAUCCAACAGCAUCCUGUUAUUGUAUUGCCUGGUACAGAGUACGCUGAUCUUUGCGCAUUGGUCACCUUUAUGUAUAACGGGGAAGUAAACAUCUACCAAGAACAAUUACCUGCAAUCUUGGCCAUGGCGGAUACUCUCCACGUACGCGGCUUAGCUGACAUUGCUGGGAAGGAGCAAAAACAUGAUAAUGGCGCUCACAUUCGGUCUGCUAUGUUGGAGAGAGACAAGAAUUUACCAGAACCAGCACCGAUAACAGUUCCAAAAGACAAUGCAGCGGAUUCGUCAAAGGUACAAUCAAUAUCCAGUAUACAGUUACCCAAUACUCAUGAAGAAUUUUUGAACGAGCCACAGGAUGCACCCUAUAGUCUCAAAAUAAAACCUUAUUAUUCCAUAAAUGCAAAAUUGAAUCAAAGAGAAAAGAAGCCAUUCGCUAGUAGUAUUCAAAUAUCUAAGAAUAGCGAUAAGACCAUAAACACUGACGAAGCUCUAAACGAGUGCAUGCCUCUUGUAGAGGAACAUAAUUCUUUGCUUGAUAAUUUGAAACCGCCUUCAGUGUUGGAAUCUGACAGUAUGAACUUUGGGUUUCUGACUGCAUCUCUAAUAAAUCGAAGUGGUUCUCAAGGUUGUAACAAAACUAGUGUUACUUGUCUUAUUUGUGGUAAGCAAUUGAGUAACCAAUACAAUUUACGCGUACACAUGGAAACUCAUAGUAACAGUUCAUAUAGCUGUACCGCAUGUCCACAUGUAUCUCGUUCACGCGACGCUCUCAGAAAACACGUUUCGUACAGGCAUCCGGUUGCCUCACCGCAAAAGCGCCCUCGAUGCAGUUCAACCAAGCCGUAAUAAUCCAUGGAUUAUCAUAGAGUCGAGGUGUCCUCCUGAUAUUUUCUCGUGUACAGUUCCUUCAAGCCUUUAGUGUUCAAAUUGUUAUCGUUUUGUCGUUAUUGUUAAAACAAUUUAAUAAAGACAACUUAGAAAUAUAAUUAUUUAUUACCUUAAAGUUAGUUAUCCAUCAUCGGAUGAUUCGAGCAAUUGAUUUAAAAAAUUAGCAAUCUCCGUUUCCUCGCUUCGAUUAAAGCCUAGGAGGACAUAGGUCGGAAUUUUAAGAUCUUCGAGACUUGCUGAUGAUUCUUAGGAAUGAUUGUGUUUUUUUUAAUCUUAAUUUCUUCAAUUCUCACUUCCGAAAUAAGACACAGAUAAUUAUUGUUCCAGAUCCUACUCAACGAUUUCCUUAUGUUUUUAAAUCGCUAUUUGGUUUGUUUCAAUGCAAAAAUUAUGUUAAUUAUGUUGGUGGUCUUUUAGAUGCUUUUGUUCAAGAUAAAUUGUUGGAAAUACAAGUCUAUGAGCCCCAGAUCAUACUCAACCUCACAGUCCAUUUGCCUCUACAUUUAAUAGCUAAGCUUCUUCUGAUUUGUCAGUAGUCGUACAGCAAAGUUGACAUUAUGGUAAUGAAACUGAAUGACUGAUUCGAAUUAAUAUAAAAAAAAAAUAUAUAUAUACAUGUAUGUAUAUUUAUUGAUUCAAUACGAAAUGUUUAAAAAAACACCAAAAAAUUUGUUUGAAAUCUGUUUGCCCCCUCAGUAUAAUUAAACAAUUUUUGCGGUACUAGUGACUAUAUUAGUGUUUAGUAUAAUAUGGGAUUGCUCAGAAAUUUGUUGACGUGUAUAGGUUUAGGUAUAAUUUAUUGUAUAUCAAGAAUUGUAUUCAAAAAUAAUAUACAAUAUUUGUAAGUUACGAAUUAAAUAAAUAAAAUGCAUCUAAAACCCAGCAGAAA